AUGUUUCGCUCGUGGCCUCAUCAGCCCCAACCAGACUUCAACUGGUUUCCAUUCAAUAACGCAACUGGCAACAGACCUAGCAUCAACCUGAACAACUUCGGGCCCUACCCUCGCGGUCCUGCCACUCCAGCUUUCGCAAACCCAGGAACCCGUAUCUUCGACUUCUCGCAACUCUUCAACAUCACCAACAACAACUUCGGUCCCGCGCCCCUACGCCCUAACCAGCCAGGCCGGAUCCGCAACCGAGUCACCGUCCUCCUCCCCGACGGCUCGCGGGUUCUGCUCGAGCGCGACCUGCUCCACGAACACCUCCCUCGGACCCGAAACUUCAUGCGGCAGGGUCUCUUCCCCGUCCCUGAGUUCCUCCGAGGCUACGAUGACGGCUUCAUGGGAACCCUGAUGGAACCCCAAUAUUUUGACCAAGCCUUCGCCCGUGGCGCCACCUUCAUCUUUCGACAUCUCGAAGGCCUAAGCCACGCAUACGCGCCGCCGUACGGUGCCGCAGCCGCGGGCGCAGGCGUAGGCGGAGGUAUUCGAGGCGGCGCGCCUUUUGACCUGUUCGCCCGGCCGCGCUACCUCCUCGCAAACGCCCGCGAUCGACUCGUGACGGUCCAGGAGAUAUUCUGGCACGUCUUUAUACUCUGCUGCGUGCUGGAUCAGGACCGGGCCUUUGGCUGUUCAGAUUUGCUAGCGAGACCGAUCGCCGAAUUCCUCGUCGACUUUUUGCCGAGCGUGGAGGCGUUACUGCCCCCGUCGGCGAUGCAAAUUCUGUUUGUGGGAUACGCUCGCAUCUUUCGUGAGUCCUUGUUCGAGAUGGACCUGUUGAGGCAGAUGUGGGAGUCGAUGGAUUUUAUGGGCCAGACACACAUUAGGGGAAUGAUGGGACCGCAGUUGGCGAGGAAUGGGAUGGGAAAUAAUGUGCAGAGAGUGUGGACUGCUCUUAGGCACCUUGGCCUUGUUUGACCUUCUUUCCUUGCUAAAUUCCUUGUUUCUUGCCCUGUUUGGACGAUCCCUUAACACUCUUUGGUGUUUGGCUAGCCCAUCUGGGUCCAUUUGCUGUCUGUCCUUGAUCAAGCCGAAGAAACUGCUCGUCCUCCUGCUUUCAAUAGCGACCCCAUGAAAUAAGCCUCUAAGUGGUUUUCGUACUCAUUCCCAAACUUCCAUCUAUGUAGCUGUCCAAGAAAGUGAAGUCCAAGUUAUCCAGUGCCCAACUUUCCUCACAUGGACACUGCACGGGAUCCUGCUGUUCUCUUUCUCCAAGAAGCGGAACGACAGUGUCUUGUCUUUCGGUCGAGCAUGGGACCUCAUGUCGUAGGGUAUAUAUGGCGUUAAUUGCUGCCCGUAAUUAACGGCGUCGUUUUUGCGACAGU